CAGCGAUCUCUACUUCAGUGUGUGUUUCAAGGGUUGAACACAGCACAGGUACUGUGUGACCUUCCUUUAUGCCUCGUCAGGAAUGAAGACCUGCAGGCGAUACUAUGCCGUGGUGGUGGUGGUGGUGCUGUGGGCAGCGGCGGGGGCCAGGGCCAGGCAGCUCAUUGCCUCUGAUAUCUCAAACACGGAAAUCGUCUCCAACACAUUAGAUGUUGUGCGUGCCGCAAGGUGUGUGGCUGAGGCCGCGGGUGAAAUGUGGAACCCGGAGAACGUGAAGUUAGGGGCUGAAAGGCAUCGGAUUAUCCGGGAGGUGGGGCAAGGCACUGCCAACUCCUUACCCAUCCUGUCUUUCCUUGAGCCAUGGACCUCAGCCAUCACUCAGGUACUAUCCCUUCUCCCGGACCUGGUUGGUGUCGCGGUGCAGGUCCUAAGCUCCGUCGGGUACUUAGUGGGGACGGGCCUGGGGUUAGCAGGGACCUUGAGCCUGGGCAACAGGGCCGUAGAAGGUGUCGGGGAAAGCCUGCAGACGGCGUCGUUGACAUUACCCCGUGCGUUAUCGGUGAUGGUGGUUGUGGGCAUGUCGGUGGUGAUGCUCUUACCUGGAGUCUACGACUGGAUUCUGUCCUUCAUCGCCUCCGUUGGUUUAGCGAUGGCUGGCCACGUGACGGCGGCUGUCAGAAGCGUCAUAGAUGAAAACAGUCCAUGGACAACGCUCGUGGACAACACCUUUGUCUUCAUUCUGAAGCUCCAGCGAAACUUCCAAACGUGAACAUCUUAGAGAUCAGUCGCCUUGCUCGCUUCAAAACUUGAUUAAUCAAGGUCACUAUAGCGUCCUAGUGAUCCUGGCGUGAGUGACAAAUUCUCUUCGUAAAGUAACAAUAAUAUUCAUGGCCUACUCUCCACCACUGAAUUCAUUACGAUAAAAAUCAUGGAAAUGUGAAUGGGCACAGCUUGAGUACAAGAAUAAUAAUACAGAUUAAAUAAAAUGAUAGUAAUAAUGAGGCGCUUUGUUA